AUGAAGUACUUCAUCUUUACCUGCCUGGUGGCUGUUGCUCUGGCAAAACAUAACUAUAAGCAGGACAAUGAUGCGUUCUUCCAAACGACUCAGGACUCUGCUAGCAGUUCAUCCAGUGAGGAAUCUGAGGAGAAAAUCAGUGACAAAAUUGUACAGUCUGAAGAAGAAAAGGUCAACCUAAAUGAGCAGAAAAAAAUCAAGCAGUUUUCCCAGGACUUUUUCUGCCCCCAGUUUUGCCUGCCUGUUGCCCAACAGCAGACUGAUGUGAACCAGUGGGCCCAGGGUCAGACCAUCCGUAAUAUUCCCGACCAGGAAUCCAUCAGCAUCUUUGUGAAGGAAAUCCUGAAGAAGAUUAUUGAUAUGGUUAAGAGCAACCAAAUUCAGCAGUUCAACAUCCCUCAAUUUCCCCAGGCUGUUCAUCAACAGCAGGUGCCUGUAACCUACUGGAACACCAAUAAGUAUUACACCAACCCAUAUGCUCCGUAUGUGGCUGCACUAAAGCUAGUCCUCUUAACAGAAAAGAUGAUGUUAAAUGGAAUAGAGUAUGAUACCUAA